GGUUACCAAUAUAGCGGCCUCUUUCGAAGUUUACACAGUGCCUCAGUUUCGGGAAAAAAAAGACAUGUCGAGUGGAAAAAAAAUUGGGUAGCAUUUAUGGAUAACUUAUAGCAAAUGAAAAUACUCGCUUUAGAUACCCGAGGUUUAUUCGUACCGACUGGAAUUCGAAAAUUGAUAAUAGAUACUAAAGCUCAUCAACGAUAUCUGCAAAGAUUGACAACCAAUAAAAAAGAUAAAUAAUUAUUUUUAAUGCAAAGUGAAGCUAUAUAGCAAAUUCCUUUAUAUUUAAUAAUAUUAUUUCAGAUGUACCUGUACAAUUACUAGAGUAUAUUUGAUGUGAUUGUAACAGAAGGUGUAGAAAUUCAUAAUAUUAAGGCCAGUGAGAUUGCUCGGAAGAAAUCUGUCAGUGAUCCAAUUAUCGAAGAACAUAAAUUCAUUGCUUAUCGUCAAAAAAGGGAAAUGUCAUUACGCGAAAUAUUAACGUUAUCCAUGCAUAUUACUCUUAAGAAUAUACCAAUGACGAAAGUGAAAACAAUUGAACUUAUUGAAGAUAAUAACAAUAUACCAGCAGAGAAACAGAUAUCUCCAUUGUUGAGAGAUAUUCUAGUCGAUUUACCUUCGAUUCAAGCAAGCAUUAAUAUUUUUGCACCACCAAAUAACUUUGACGAAGGAGACAUUCUUAAAAAUGUUGAAAUUUUAGAAUCGACAAAAUUACGAACAGAUGAUAUAGCAAUAUUAGCAAUUGGAUGUUGCUUAUUAACCAAUGAAAAACAGGAAAGUUUAAAACAACUUUUAAAAUCUACAAAAGAUGGAGCUUUCCUUUUAUCACGCGAAAAGGAAAAUAUACCAUUGGACUAUUCUGUUCUAAAGGAAUUUCUAUUAGGUUUAGUUUUAGAGAAACGUACUUCCGAGGAAUCGUGGAUAUUGUUACGGAAGAUCGAGAAAAUUUCGGAAAAUAUUCUAUUUAUUAAUGUUAGGAGCAAUGAAUUUAACUGGUUGAAAGAAGUACAGAAUGUGCUUGCCAAUGAAACCAGAAGAUAACACUAGAGUAAUACUUGUUGAGGAAGGAAACUUUGAAUCUGGUCUUUUAGGAUUCAUUAAUUGGUUACAGAAAGAACCUGGAGGCAGAAUCUUCCGAGCUGUUCUAAUUCAGGAUCUUAAAGCUCCGAAAUUUUCUUUAGAAUUAUCCCUUUAUUCGGAACAACUCGAAACCGACCUUGUCAUUAAUGUUUUACGAUCAGGAAACGUUUGAGGAUCAUAUAGGCAUCAACCACUUCCAUCUCGUGAACCAAAGCUUAUGUACCAUGGCUUCGUUAAUCAAUUGAUAUUCACGCGGAGAUUUAAGUUCGUUACGAUGGCUCGAAGGACCAAUUACGAAAGAUUAUCAAAAGGAAGAUCUUGUUCACAUCCAUUAUGCAUCGUUGAACUUUAAAGACGUGAUGUUGGCAACAGG